GGAGUUAUAACACCAAGGAAUUUUUGUCAUCUAGGUUUGCCAUGAAAGACAUGGGGGAGGCUGAAGUGAUUCUUGGUUUAAGGAUCAAGCGAUACUCGGAUGCAAGUUGGAUAACUAAUAUGGAAGAUCACUCUUCCACGAGUGGAUGGAUAUUCCUUCUCGGUGGAGGAGCAAUUGCCGGUAAAGAAGCAGAAUGGCUAAGGAAUCUGAUAUAUGACAUUCCAUUGUGGCCAAAACCAAUAUCUCCCAUAUCUAUUCGAUGCGAUAGUGAAGCUACUUUGGCUAAGGCUUAUAGUCAAGUUUACAAUGGGAAGUCAAGACACUUAGGUGCAAGAAUAAAGAGGACUACCUAUAUGAGCAGGGUUCAAGGGGCAACACCGUUUUUUGGAGAACUUCCGCGCGAAGGAUCGCGUAACUUGGGAAAGAGACGCGAUAGGCGUCUUCUCCCUCUGCCGCAAGUUUAUAAAUUCCCGCAGGCCUUGGUCGGAUUUCAGUUCGGAUUUUUCAGAGCAAUCCUCAUAUUUCGUUCUUGAUACUUUCGAGUUUUAUCCGAUUGAAUUUUGGAGUGAACAACCAAAAUAUUCAAUCUGAAAGUGUUUACACAACCCUCGAUUCAUCCAAGUUAUCAUUAAUUUUUCAACACACAAUAGAUAUUUCUUCACUGUGUAAAGUCAAUUUUUGUUUUGAAAAAUAAUUAUUUUAAAAUAUUUAUUUCAAUAGUAUUGCAAAUCCAUGCCACAAAAAAGCAAUUGAACAAUAUGCACACAACAAAUGCAAUAAUCACUACUAUAAAUUGAACAAAUUUUUAAAUUUAAAUAUUUUAUAAGCAUAAAGUUGAAUAUGACAACUCUAAGAACUAAAUCUUCAUUUACUUUUUAAAAAACCCCAGUGUUCACAUGAACUACAACAUCUACAGUGGGAACUUUGAAGUUCAUUCUAGUCAAUAACUUCCCCCCAUUGAGUGUUGGUAGUACACUUGUUGCUCAAGUAUUGCUAGGAAUGAUGUUUAAUGAUGCAGCUCUUCCAUCUCCUCAAUCUUUCAUGGAUGGACCAAAGAUGAUUUUCUGGGCAGCAGCUAUGAAGUGUAUAGUAGUCAUGUGGCCCUAAGAAGUGUAAUGGUCACUUAAGAGUUUAAAUUAGAGGGACAUAUCACACAAUAAAGCAUUUAAGUUAAAUGUUGCCAUUAUUAUCACACUAUGCACCUGAGAUUCUGCAAUAUUAAGAAGUAUAGGUGGAAUCAUAAGUUGCACAACUAGAAUUUUAAGCUCUGUAAAAAUAUGGGCAAAGAUCUUGCAAAUAUGAUUUCACUAACAUGCCAAUUCAUCAGCCCCUUCAGAAAAAUAUCAGUUCUUAAGGACUGAGUCCUUCAUGUUUGUCUUAACCAAUCUCAAAAACUUGUAGUUUUUUGCAAUUUGUUAUGGCCAAAAGCCUAAAAAUUUUACAAGAAGUGCAAUAACCAGGCAUUCUUUAUAAAAUAUAGGUUGGAGAAAGUAUAAUUUCCUUAGUGACUCCAAACUAAUGGGGGCAAGUAAUUGGAUAGGUUGAUUUCAUUCUUAUGCAAUUAUAUCAACAAAAACAACAAAACUACUUGAGAUUCUAUUUAAGUGUCUUUAUGUUCUCUCAAUUUUAUUUUUAUGCAAUUAUAUCAGGAAAAAUAAUGAAACUACUAUUAGAGAUAAUUCAAAAUCAUAUCAACCAACAAAUUAAGAAAAAGCACAAUUACUAUCAAUUUUGAGUAUAAAGUGUGGAUCUUUAUUAAAUUACACUUUCAUUUAAACUCAAUUAGAUUUGAAGGAGUUGAGAAACACCCAAAAAUUAAGUUCAAAAUAUAAAAUAUCAUUACCUUAUAAGAAGACACUCUUAAUACAACAAGAAUUUAAGACAAUUUUUUCACAAAUUAGCUUUAACAUUAGAUACAAAUAAAACUCUUAUCAAUUAAACACUCUCUAGUUCUAAACAAUAAUUCAUUCUAAUUCUAUUUUUCAUACAUCAGAAUCAUUGAUAACCACCUUGGAGUUAAUAAAUUCUUCCCACAACACAAAUUAAACUAAAUAUCAAUCAUCCAAUUAAAUUAUAGUCCGUGUAAAGCUAACCACAAUUCAAAACCUAACUCAUUAAACCAACCCAAACAAAUUCAAAAUCUGUAUUCUUAAAACGGUGAGGUUCUAGUGACACUUAUCUUUGGUGACACUAGCGGUGCUACUGUCAUUUUAAGGCACUUCUGGUAACAGUUCAUACCCCCUAACCCACUCCUUAAACCCCCCCACCCUACCCAGCCCCUGCACCCCCACCCCAACUGUUAGGCGUGUCGUAGCACCUACAAAUUAAUUUAUUAUUUUCCUUAACUCUUAACCCCCUUUAUGCAUUAAUAUUGAUUAAAACAUAUAGAUAGGGCAAGUAAGGGUCGAUCCCACGAGGAAAGAUACUUUUUAAGCUAUGAAAAUCAAUUUACUUUGUCACU